AUGGCCUGGGUGGUGAUCACCGGAGGCGGCUCCGGCAUCGGUCGAGGCCUCGUGAGCCACUUCAGCAGCCGUGGGCCGGUGCUCUGCUGCGGAAGAAGAGAGGAGGCUUUGCAAGAGACGAAGAGGACUGCGACGAAUCCAGAGGCUGUAACGUAUGUUGCUUGCGACAUUGGCACGGAGGUCGGUCGGACAAGGCUGCUCGAUGCACUUCCGGCCGCAGCGUCGGUGUCGCUGCUGGUGCAGAAUGCCGCCAUUGGCGACCCAGGGCCCCUGGCAGAGUUGGAUCUCAACCACUUCGAGGAGGCUUUGCGAGUCAACGUCGUUGCGCCGCUGGCUUUGACCAAGGCCUUGCUUCCUCGACUACAUGGCGGUCGUGUCCUCCACCUUGGAACAUCGGUGGCGCAUCGGCCGCAGCGUGGGACCGCGACGUACGGAAUCACUAAAGCCGCGUUCUUCCGGUUGUUCCAGCAGCUGAAUGCUGAGGGCUUGGAUGUCGCUGUCGGUUCGUUGAGCCCAGGCUUGGUGGACACUGAGGGAGUCAGAGAUCACGUGGCCAAGGCUCGGAGUUUAGAUCUGCCUCAUGUGUCUUUCUUCGACCAAGCAUUCGAGCAGGGCUGGACCACUAACAUGGACCAGCUGAUGAACUUUGUCGACGAAGUUCUGCGAAUGCCCGAUGAGCAGUUCAUAUCGCAGGAGUGGCGGUUUUCUGAAUGGCGGGCGGAGGUGGAGCGGCAAAGCGUGCCCCAGAGUGAAAGCUCGUUGUGA